CAAGAAGGACUGUCUAGAGCCUUUGCCUGCUGCUUCUAGCUCCUUGUCCGACGCACCUCUGCUGAAUUUGUCCUCGCUCCGAGCAUAUCUGUGCUCUUGUUCUGCAAAUAUAACUUGUCCGCCUUGCCCUGGGUUCGUGCGCCGACAAAUUUGUGUAGUCAGACUGUGCAUCGCGUGCCUGGCCAGCGACAACAACACAGCUGUCCAAGAUUUGCGCCGACGACAGGGACGCCCAGAAAUCCGAGGGCCGAUUUUUGCUAUCGAGUGCGGCAUAACGGCUGGACAUUGACCUCACGGAACCACAGAAAAAAGCCCAGCGGUCCCCGGACCCUUUCACUCCGCCGCACCUCGAUUGCGCCUGCCUCGCGAACAGCACCCACCCUCGACCGAGUGCUGCCAACAACCGCGCAUCUUCGCGACCACCUGAACAUCUACCAUGUCUGGUGCAGGCCCCUCUCUCCACCCCGGCGACUGGCCGUCGAGGGCUGUUCUGCAGUUCCCUCCCGAUGCCGCUCCCUUGCCCAUUCCUCCCCCAUGGACUGGCGAGUCGACGUUUGCGAACCCUUUCCCGAUCCCCGAAGACAUCUACCAGGGCGCGUUGUCGUACAAGGUGCCCCUGACCAUUGCCUCCGUCUACUUCGUCACCGUCACCUAUGUCAACUGGUACAACCGCCAACACGGUAACAAGCCGUGGAGGAUCGCCAAAACCCGCCCAUUCUACGCCUUUGUCAUCUUCCACAAUGUCUUCCUGGCUGUCUACUCGGCCAUUACUUGCGUCGCCAUGAUCCGCUGCCUCAAGCACUCUUUCCCCCACUACAGCGAGCCCAACGCCGUUGUCGGUACCAUUGACGCACUUUGCAAGAUCCACGGUCCCCGCGGACUCGGCGACGCUGUCACCUACAACAACACCAACGAUGUCUGGAGCAGCCUGAACUCUAAUGUUCUUGUAGGCCCUAGUGGCCUGCCAGACCAGACGGAUGUUGGCAGAAUCUGGAACGAGGGUCUUGCUUUCUGGGGCUGGUGGUUCUACCUCUCCAAGUUCUACGAGGUCCUUGACACGGCUAUCAUUCUGGCCAAGGGCAAGCGCAGCACCACUCUCCAGAAGUACCACCACGCCGGUGCUAUGUUGUCCAUGUGGGCUGGUAUGCGCUUCAUGUCACCUCCCAUUUGGAUGUUCGCCCUGGUCAACUCUGGCAUCCACGCCAUGAUGUACACCUACUACACCGUCUCAGCCCUCGGCUACCGCGUCCCCAACGUCGUCAAGCGAACCCUUACCACGCUUCAAAUCACCCAAUUCCUUGUUGGAUCCGCUUUCGCCGCCAUCCACCUCUUCGUCUCCUACACCGUCCCCGUUUCGGUCGCAUACAAGGUCGCUGAGAAGGUUGCUCCCAAGGUCGUCUCGUCCUCCGUCUCAUCCGCAGUUGCCUCUGCUACUGAAUCGGUUGCUGAAGCCCUCCCCACCGCGACCGGUGUUGCUGUAGCCUUCCUCAGGAAGCUAAUUUACCGCGCAGCUGGUGACGAAGGUCUCGCUGAGAACAUCCCCGUCCCUGGUCAGCCUAUUCCGGUUCGCCAGCAGCAGCAAGUCAUUGCUGGAGAGCCUGUUCCUACCCACAACGCGGUCCAUGACUUCUUCCACCCUCACGAGACAGUCGAGAAGACCUUCUACCGCACUGAGUACCAGACCGUUCCUUGCGUCGACACCUCCGGCCAAGCUUUCGCCAUCUACGUCAAUCUGAUCUACCUCGCACCGCUCACCAUCCUCUUCAUGCGCUUCUUCUUCAAAUCCUACCUGCGCCGCUCCUCGCCUAACGCCAAGAAGGACUUCAAGCCUCGCACAAUCUCCGACGCAGCUGGUGACGCCAGCCGCAGCGUGGAGCGCGAGCUCGACUCCCUUGACAAGUCCGCUGAAGACGCCAUCUCCUCAGGUGUGAACAGGGCUAGGGACGCUGUUCGCGGAAGGAAGCCCACCAACGGCCACAUCAAGGACGAGCGAAAGGGUAGCAUGAGCCCGGCCAACCAAAAGUUCCUCGAGAACAUCAACCGCCGCGUCAGCCAAAAGCUCCAGGAACUCGACGAGGGUGCCGAUGCUACAAGCAAGAAGGCUAGGCAGAUUGCCAAGGAGCUGGUUGGCAAGGCCGAGGCUGCAGGUGAAAAGGUCGAGCAGGCUUACGAAGAUAACGAGGAGGACGUUAAGGAGGCAGAGAAGGCCAAGGAGAACGCCGACCGGAAUCGCAGCCCUAGCAAGCUGCCUCGCAAGCAGAACAAGAAGAACGGCAAGAACGGUCAGACCGACGAACAGGUGGCUAAGCCUGAGCAGGAGCCUGAGCCAAAGGACCUCAAGAACACCCUUGACAAGAAGGAUGGCAAGGGUCUUUUCUAGAUAAAGAAGUUUCUCUGGGGCGGUAAUCAGCAAAUAAGCAACAGAUGAUCAGUGGUGCGCCGUUUUCGGCCGCACCUCUCCAAUUUAGGGUUCGAACAUAUUUCCUUAGG